CAACAUCGCUUGCUCCGUCACGAUCCAAACGACGUUCCCAAACCCUCAUUCCAAAGCACCAACCUUUCUUUCACUUCGACCUGAAGUCAGUUCGCUAUCUCAUCUACAUUCGCUCUUCCUUUAAGCACACAUCCUAUCCCGAAACAUCACGAUCACCAUGGGUCUCAUCGCCAAGCUUAAGUUCAAACUGCGCAAGGUGCGAGCCAAGUAUUUGGCCCGCAAGCGUCUCGCACAGGGUACCGAGCCUAUCGCCCACGGGGAGCGACUUGCCCAGGUUCAUCGAGUGGAGGGUACCGAGCAUCGCAUUGAGCGCGGAAUCGAUGUCAUGGAAGCAGCCCGUCGCUCUGUGUAUGGUGCUCACAUGCUGCCCCAGACAACUGACUUUGGCGUCAGUCCCGAGGAGGCCCGCGCCCUGCACAAGAAGCAGCAGGAUGAGGACCGAGCCAAGAAGAUUGCGAAGGAAUCUGACGUCCAGGAGGAAGCUGGCAUCUGGGAUGGCAGCCCUACCAAGGACGACAACCCAGUCAACCGCAUCUAAGCUCACCACCAAUCCAACCUAUGAUUUCGACGAUUUUAUGAUUUUCACGACAUAGUCAGGGUCAAGCAG